GUUUUGCGCUAAUUUAUGGAGUGUAUUUGGGUUAAAAUUUUGACUUGCAUCUUCCUUCAAGUAUGAUUGACCGCAGGUGUGACAAUCUGCAUGCCAUCUAGACUUUAGGAAGAUCAUAUAUUCAGCAGCCAUGUCUGUGUCAUCAAUAUAUCUUUUAGACUCCAAGGGAAAGGUGCUGAUAUCCCGGAACUACCGCGGCGAUAUCGAGCCCAGCGUCAUCGACAAGUUCAUGCCGCUGCUCAUGGACCGCGAGGAGGAGGGCAACAUGUCGCCCAUCAUACAGACCAACGGCUGCACGUUCAUGUACAUCAAGCACAGUAACGUGUACGUGGUCAGCACGUCCCGCAAGAACGCCAACGUCAGCAUGGUGUUCGCCGUCCUCCACCGACUGGUGCAGGUGUUCGAGCACUACUUCAAGGAGCUGGAGGAGGAGAGCCUGCGCGACAACUUCGUCAUCGUGUACGAGCUGCUGGACGAGUUGAUCGACUUCGGCUACCCGCAGACGACAGACAGCAAGAUCUUGCAGGAGUACAUCACGCAGGAGAGCCACAAGCUGGAGCUGGCGCCGCGGCCACCGAUGGCCGUCACAAACGCCGUCUCCUGGCGCUCGGAGGGCAUCAAGUACAGGAAGAACGAGGUCUUCCUAGACGUCAUCGAGUCGGUGAACCUGCUGGCCAACUCCAACGGCAACGUACUGCGGAGCGAGAUCGUGGGCAGCAUCAAGAUGCGCGUUUACCUGUCCGGCAUGCCCGAGCUGCGGCUGGGUCUCAACGACAAGGUACUCUUCGAGAGCACCGGCCGCGGCAAGAGCAAGUCGGUAGAGCUGGAGGACACCAAGUUCCACCAGUGUGUCCGACUCUCCAGAUUCGAAAACGACCGGACGAUAUCGUUCAUCCCCCCGGACGGCGACUUCGAGCUGAUGUCCUACCGGCUGAACACGCACGUGAAGCCGCUCAUCUGGAUCGAGUCGGUGAUAGAGCGACACGCUCACAGCCGGGUCGAGUACAUGGUCAAGGCCAAGUCACAGUUCAAGCGGCGCUCCACGGCCAAUAACGUCGAGAUCAUCAUCCCCGUGCCCAACGACGCCGACUCGCCCAAGUUUAAGACGACUAUCGGCAGCGUCAAAUACGUGCCAGAAAAGACGUGCAUUGUGUGGAGCAUCAAGUCGUUCCCGGGCGGUAAGGAGUACCUGAUGCGGGCCCACUUCGGCCUGCCCAGCGUGGUGGCCGAGGAUGUGGACGGAAAGCCGCCCAUCAACGUCCGGUUCGAGAUCCCGUACUUCACCACCUCCGGCAUACAGGUGCGGUACCUGAAGAUCAUCGAAAAGAGCGGUUACCAGGCGCUGCCGUGGGUGCGCUACAUCACCCAGAACGGCGACUACCAGCUGCGCACCCAGUGAACGCGCCCGUCCGUGCACCCGCACCCGCGAACCCCGCAGCCGGAGAGCGAGCCGCGUGUCCGGCGCACCGUCGCGUGCUCCGCAGCUGGAGAGCGAGCUGCGUGUCUGGCGCGCCGGCCAGGCUCCGUGAGGCGCCGGCCGCCGCCCGCCCCCGCCCGUUCGAACUGCGUGGUCUCCGUCGGUAGUGCCACCGGCGUACGGCUGCCGACUACGGCGACGGAGGCCCCGGAGGCCUGGUAUUUAUUGUUGCGAGCCGGCGGCUCUGGCGGAAAUCAUUCCACGGUGGGAAGAUCUGUAGGUGUCCGUACUGAUUUUAACCAAAUAUAUCUGGAGUGUUUCGAG